AGGAACCCUGGCAACGCUGUCACAAAGCUAACGUUUUCCAUGUAGACUGCUUCAGCUUUGUCAACAUGCACUUUAGUGUUAAUCCAGGCUGUCUACCAUUUGAUCUCUUCUUUGUAGCUUCCUCAAAAGCGUGCUAACAAAUUUACAAUGGAAUUUUUUAGCGAGCCGAGCUAGCCUAGCUAGCAGACUUUUUCUUCGUCGUAGCUACAAUCAUUUGACAAGCUAACCAGAACGAGUUGUUGUUAGCUUGAGCUGGCUUGGCGAAUAUGGCGAUUGUGUCUGGUUCCUGUGCUAGGGUGAACGGAUCGAGGAAUGGGCCGUCGGUGUCAGCUACACCAUCUGGAUCCGUUGGACAAUCUCAGCCCAUGAUAGCGGUGUGGGAAUGGCAGGAUGACCUGGGGUACUGGCGGCCUUACAGCGGCCAAGUGAGCGCCUACAUCGAGCGGUGUCUGGCACCGCGGGGCCAUAGAGGAGGAGGACCCGGCUCAACGAGCAUCUGCCUCGGACAAUCAGACCCCAGCCUGUCGCCUUAUCUCAUUGACAUACCUAGCUUGAAACAGUUUCGGCAGGACACAGGAAAGACACGAUCAGUACGUCGGUCCCUGUUUGCUCAGUCCUCAGGCCUCGGCAGUGGUGUUUACUGGGAAUGGGCCAACGACGAAGGAGGAUGGACUCCGUAUGAGACUCGAACCUCUAUCCUUUUGGAGCACAGCUAUCAGGCCCGCCAAGGCACGGCAGACUUAAGCCCACAUGGAUACAAUUACAUAGUGGAUCUCACAUCUCUAGCCCAAGUCAACAAAUCCACGGGCUUCAGACGGCAGGUCCGACGGCAGUGUAACCUCCCCUACCCCCUGGCCUCCUCUGGCCCCCCAGCCAUCCCUUCGGGCCCCGCCUGCUCCUGCCAGCAGUGUUUGAGCCACAGCAGCACAGGACCCAUGCCUAGCCGUUCGCGACAUUCCUUUUCAUCAGGCAGUCUGAACCGGCCCAGCCUCCAAGGGCCGGGAAGGGCUGUGGCAGCUCACCCCACUUCUGUCUAUUCACCGUACCCUAGAAGACCCCUCUCUGUGGGGGGAAUGUCCUGGGGCAGCCCCUGGCCUCCACCACCCUCCGGUAGUCAACUGUCUGCACCGCUUCUGACCAACCCAACCAGUGCCAAUGGGUUAAGUGUUCCUUCCAUCUCUGUGCAGCUGAAUGGAUCCACCAGUGUGAGCUCUGCCCUGGCAGGCAUGGCCUCCAUUUUGAUGUCAGCAGUGGGACUCGGCGUGCACUUCACCACUGCCCCCCUCCCUCAGCAGCAGCAGCAGCAGCAGCAGCAACAGCUACAGCAGCAGCUACAGCAGCAGCAGCAACCUGCUCCUUUCUCUCUUCCUCCUCCUCUCCUCCCCCCAGCCAGCAGGCCCAGCAAGCCCCACAGCAGCAGCAGCAGCAGCAGCAGCAGUUCAGUUAGGAGAGCAAAGAGGCAGCACAGGAGAGCCUCCGCGCAGAGACCUGAGGAGGUGAUUCAGCGCUACAUGGAGGUGGUGGCCGGAGUACCGGAUGAGGACUGCAUUAUCUGCAUGGAUCAACUGUCCAAUCCGUCCGGCUACGAGACGCCCUCCGCAGAGGAGGGAGGCCAGAGCAUCCUGACCGACACUGUGGGAAAAUUCAUCAAGUGUGGACACACCCUGCAUAUGCUCUGCAUGCUGGCCAUGUACAACAACGGAACAAAGGAUGGCAGUCUGCAGUGCCCCUCGUGUAAGACAAUCUACGGAGAGAAGACCGGCACUCAGCCCAAAGGCAAGAUGGAAAUUUACAGCAUCGCCCAGUCGCUGCCAGGCCACCCGGACUGUGGCACCAUCCAGAUCAUCUACAGCAUACCACCUGGCAUACAGGGCCCAGAGCAUCCCAACCCAGGACAGCCGUACACCUGUCGAGGCUUCCCUCGCUUCUGUUUCCUACCAGACAACGACAAGGGCAGGAAGGUGCUGGAGCUGCUGAAGGUGGCGUGGAUGCGACGCCUCAUCUUCACCGUGGGAACGUCCAGCACCACCGGCGAGCCUGACACCGUGGUGUGGAACGGCAUCCACCACAAAACAGAGAUGAUGUCCAAUUUGUCGGGCCACGGUUACCCGGACCCCAACUAUCUGGACAAUGUUCUGUCUGAGCUGGCCUCUCAGGGCGUGACAGAGGACUGCUUCAAACCUCCAGGCGGCGGCAGCGGCGGCAGCAGCUAGGCCACAGCUCUGAGCUUCACACACUUCCUCUCACUGCUGACCACUGAGUUAACCCUUCAGAAUCCACCUCUGGGGCCAGGUGGACCUCCUGCAACCUGUUUGUUAUUAAGUUAAUGUCAGCAUCUGCCCAAAUCUCAUGGAGUGAGCAAAAGGGGGAGAAGUGAGCUGAGUCGAGGUUUCGAAGCCUCUCUGGAAGAAUGCAAAGUGGAGCGCGUGCUGAGAAAGGUUCAAGUUCCACUACAUUCCUGCUCGUCAUGUAUUCCAGGAGACAGAACUCAGAGAAAAAUGGGGCUCGUCUUAGUCUGAGCCACCUCUGCAUCAAACCUCCACAAGCUGGAGACUGUGCUUUUGUUUUGUUUUUAGUUUUUGUCCAUCAAGAGCCUCAUCUGUAUCCCCGUGACCAGCUGCCAUGAGGAUGGCAGCUUACACUGGGGAUAAAAAUCUCAUGAAGCACUUUAGUUCUGACAGUGCAUUUAGCUGAUGAUGUGUGAUUCGCUGGUAAAGGGCAGUUAACUUGUUUUCAGAUUGGGAGGUUAUGCAAUUAAAAUGUUUCUGCUGAAAAGCUUUGUGUUUAGCACAAAGACACACUGAAACUUCUAGUAGCAAAGUGAGUAUAUAUUAGCCUAUUUGAUGAAAAGGGGCAAUAUUAUCUGAUGUAAAUAAAAAAAAAAAAACACGAAUGAAACAAAAAAUAUUGUUAAAAAAACGGUUGUGUCCACAGAUGUCAGUCAAGGAGAAUAAAUUUGUGUAUUUUUUAACAUUUAACACUAAUUCUAAUUUGAUCAUCUGUUAUAUUUUAUUCCCUAACCUGAUUUGAUAGGCAGAUGUCUAAUGCACUCACAGUCUGAGGGUUUUUUCAUGUUUUGACUUUGCAGUAAUUAUGCCCACGGGCGUUCUGCAGCCAUUGUUUUUGCCACUUGACAUGUUACAGUUUGUGUUGUCAUGUAUGUGAGAAGGGACAAGGUUACAUCGUAUAUAGCUUGACAACCUCAACCUCUUUGUCCAAACAGAUGGGAAAGAUCGCUGAGAUUAAAAAAAAAAAACAAAGCAACCAUCUCUGGU